AUGAACCAGAACAACUAUACCUGGGUGACCGAAUUUCUUCUUCUGGGUCUUUCUGAUGACCCUCAGGCAAGGCUGAUACUCAUUAUAUUGUUCUUGGGAGUCUAUUUAGGUACUGUGCUUGGGAGCUUACUCCUUAUCUACUUGGUCAUAACUGAAUCCCAGCUCCAUACACCCAUGUACUUUUUUCUUUGUAAUUUGUCUCUGGCUGACCUUUGGGCCUCUUCCAGCAUUGUUCCCCAAGCCCUAGUCCAUAUGCUAACUAGAAAGAAGGUCAUUUCUUUCAUGGGAUGUGCAGCUCAGAUUUUUCUUUCCAUCAUUUCUGGAGCUACACAGUGUUCAGUGUUAGCUGUGAUGUCUUAUGAUAGAUACUUAGCAAUCUGUGACCCCAUGCAUUACUCUCUUAUCAUGACAGGGAGAAUAUGCGGCCAUUUGGCAUUGGCGUGCUGGUUUUCUGGCAUUGUAAUAUCUUCAGUUGACACUAUAUUCACGGUCUGCCUCCCUUACCAAGGAGACAAUAGGAUUGAUCAUUUUUUUUGUGAUGCCCCAGCACUCUUGACCCUGGCAUCUGGAGAUACACAUAAAGCAGAGAUAGCCAUUUUCUCCAUGGGUGUAGUGAUUCUUCUUGCACCUGUGUCUCUGAUUCUGGUGUCCUAUGGUUCUAUCAUAGUGACUAUUAUCAGGAUGAAGACAUCCUCUGGAAGACUGAAAGCAUUCUCCACUUGUGGAUCCCAUCUCCUUGUGGUCAUUCUUUUUUAUGGGACACUAAUAAUUUCCUACAUGACACCCACAUCCUCCAGGGAGCAGAUCAAAGGAGUUGCUGUGUUCUAUGGUGUCAUAAACCCAAUGCUUAAUCCUAUUAUCUACAGCCUGAGGAAUAAGGAUGUGACAAGGGCAUUGAGAAAUACAAUCAAUAGGAUAAAAUCUUGA